UAAUGAAAACAACCAUGUUAGUCUCUAGCUGGGUCAGUAGGGCUUUGUGAUUCAGCCAGAAGAGUUGGAAAAUUUCUCAGUAUUUCGUCAUAUAGAAAACAAGCCUUCGGUUCACCUUAGUUCCAUUUUGUUAUAUAAUCAAGUUAAUAGAAGAUAGCACAGCCGGAGUCUACAAACUUCUGAGUCUCCUCAGCAUCAUGUCCAAUGAAAGUGCUGAAUCUGGCCUCACAUGGGAGGUGAGGGCAAACAGCCGACAUUACCACAAACACAAACAGAAGAAAUCCUUUCUGUGCUUCUGCUGGGGGCGAUACGCGGACAAUGUGGUGCGCAGCUACAAGUACUCCCCCCUGACUUUCUUGCCCCUAACACUGUUUGAACAGUUCCAGCGAGUGGCCAAUCUCUACUUCCUCCUCAUGAUGGUGUUGCAGUGUGUCCCUGCCAUCUCAUCCAUCCCCUGGUACAUCACCAUCAUCCCGCUGCUCACCGUACUCUCUGUGAGAGGGCUGAAAGACCUUGCCAACGACAUGGAAAGGAGACGCAGUGACUCUAGGAUUAACUCCCAACCCUGUGACGUACUCAUCUCCCAGAGUUUCAGCGCAGCACAGUCAAAGGAUGUGUGUGUGGGAGAUUUGCUGCGAAUCCACAAAGACCAAGUUAUCCCUGCUGACCUUCUCCUCCUGUGUAGUUCAGAGCCUCACAGUCUGUGUUAUGUGGAGACAGCAGAUAUUGAUGGAGAGACUAACCUCAAGUACCGGCAGGCGCUCAGUGCUACACACAAUGAGUUGACCUCUCACCCCUCAGAGGAGAUGCUUGCUGCCUUUGAUGGUGUCGUGCUCUGUGAGGAGCCCAACAAUCGCCUGUACACCUUCACAGGCCAGCUGCACUGGCGUGGAGAGUGUCUUCUGCUGGACAACAAGCACAUCCUCCUGAGGGGAACAGUCCUACGCAAUACUGAGUUUGCCUACGGCUUGACCAUAUACACUGGCGCGGACACUAAGAUCCUGAGGAACUGCGGGAAACUGAGAGUGAAAUGGACUCAAACGGAAAAAGUUUUCAACAGAGUGGUGAUCGGGGUCAUCCUGUCUGUGCUGCUGGCAGCUCUGCUUCUUGCCAUCGGCAGUGGCAUGUUUUCGAGUUGGGUCAUGAGCCACACAGGGGUUCUGUCUCCUCUGGUGGUUAACGGCAAUCCCGUCUAUACAGGGUUCCUCAUCUUCUGGAGCUACAUAAUCCUACUCAGCCCGGCCAUGCCCAUAGCUCUCUACAUCACGUUUGAGCUGAUGCACACGGUCCACAGCCUGUUUAUUGACUGGGAUAUGGAGAUGUAUUGGCAGCAGGCAGACAGACCGGCUCAGGCCAGGAAUACCUCACUGAGUGAGGAGCUUGGCCAAGUGGGAUACCUGCUGAGUGACAAAACUGGGACACUAACCCAGAACCAUCUGCUCUUUAGACAAUGUUGCAUAGCUGGGGAGAUCUAUGGUGAUGCAUCAGUCAGGGCAGAGGACACAGAGCCCAUGGACUUAAGCUGGAAUCAGUUCUCCCGCGGUGGCCUGUUCAUGUCCGCUCCCAGCCUGGUGAAGAAGCUCAGAGGACAGCAUUGUCCGCUCAGCAGACAGUUCUUCACAGCACUGUCUCUAUGUCACACUGUCAUGGCAGAGUGGAAGGAAGAGGCACCAGUUUACCAGGCUGCAUCCCCAGAUGAGGAAGCUCUUGUUGGUGUUGCCAGGGAGCUGGGCUGGGUCUUUCUUUCCAGGACAAGAGACUUUAUCGUUGUCUCUGAACUGGGUGUCAUUCGCCAAUAUCAGCUGCUGGCACUGCUGGACUUUACCAGCAAGAGAAGAUGCAUGUCUGUACUGGUGAGGGAGCCAGAGGGUGGGUUAAAGCUGUACUGUAAAGGGGCAGACAUAGUGAUUCUGGAGAGACUGCAGAAGGACUGUCCAUAUCAGGAAAGGAUUGAAGAAGCCUUGGAGUUGUUUGCCCAGGCCUGUCUGAGGACUUUGUGUGUUGCGGUUCGAUCUGUUCCUGAGGCAUCAUGGGAGCAGUGGAGUAAAAUUCUGGCCCAGUCUGCUGCCAUGGCGAUCUGUGACCGUGACGCACAGCUAGAAAAGCUAUAUGAUCAGAUGGAGAGAGAGCUGCAGCUUCUCGGGGUGACAGCGAUAGAGGACCGGCUUCAAGAGGGCGUUCCUGAGACUAUUGCUCUGCUUCAACAGGCUGGGCUUAAAGUAUGGGUACUGACUGGGGAUAAAAAAGAGACUGCAGUGAAUAUUGGAUAUUCUUGCAAACUGCUGGAUCCUGAUACCAGGUUACUGGAAUGGCAGGAAUUGAGACAGAUACUUCAGUCCCCAGACCCAGGGGUCAGUUUCUUGAAGGCCAGACAGACAGAGCUGUGGGCUGUAGACAAGGAGACGGCUGGAGCAAAGACUGCUGUGGUCCUCACUGGACCUGAGCUGGCGGAGUUUGACCAGAGACCAGAAUGGGGGGCCACGUUCAUGAGCCUGGCAGAACAGUGUCAGUCGGUGCUAUGCUGUCGUGUAACACCUGGACAGAAGGCUGACGUUGUCACGUUGGUCAGGAAACACACCAGCUCAGUCACUAUGUCCAUUGGGGACGGUGCCAAUGAUGUAAACAUGAUCAAGACGGCUCAUGUUGGUGUGGGAAUAGCAGGAGUGGAGGGAGGUCAGGCAGUGCAGAAUGCAGACUUUGCAUUGUCCCAGUUCAGAUUUCUGCAGAGGCUCCUACUGGUCCAUGGGCGCUGGUCCUACAGGCGCAUUUCCCUCUUCUUGAGCUACUUCCUGUUUAAGACCUGUGGCUUUGCUCUUGUGCACAUAUGGUUUGGUUUCUUCAAUGGUUUCAGUGCUCAGUCUCUGUAUGAGACAUGGUUCAUCGCUCUCUACACUGUCUUGUACACAGCGUCCCCAAUUAUGUGUGUGGCCGUCUUUGAACAGGACGUGAGUGCAGAAAGCAGCCUGAAAUGGCCGGAGCUGUACAAGUCUGGACAGAGACAGGAGCUCUCCAACCCUCUGAUGCUGUCCUUAUCGCUCCUGUAUGCCGUCUACACAUCGCUUGUUCUCUUUUUCAUCCCGUUUGGAGUCUUCUACAACACAGCCUUUGACUACCAGACCAUGGCAGUCACCGUCUCCAUGGCAGCCACGUUCACUGCCACCAUUGAGAUUGUGCUGGUGACCAGAUACUGGACAAAGUUCAAUUUAGCAGCUGUGAUUGUCUCUCUAGUGAUGUUCUUCAUCUGUACCAGGAUCACCCACAACACCCACCUGUUUCAGAGAUCACCCAGCGACUAUUACUUUCUUGGUGCGUCUGAUAAGGCCUUCAUCGAUCCAGUUGUAUGGCUCACAGUUCUGCUCACUGCCUGGACGGCUGUUUUGCCCUCAGUGACUGCCCUGGCUCUCAAUGUCAUUCUCACCAUCCGUGACAAACACAAGGUCCACAGUGCAUCCCGUCAGCCAGUGGAGCUGAGGUCCAAGUUUAGAAGAGGAACGUCUCUUCGCCGUUCGUCUUAUGCCCUCUCUCAGGGAACCGGGCCCGGACGCCUCAUCACUUCAGGGACCUGCAUCCGCAUCACAGCGCCGCCGUUGGAUGAGAAGGUGACCACAAGUAAAAACCCCACUGACUCACAAGGCCAAAUUCACAUGAAGGACAAUAGUGAUGCACCAAAUGGCUCAUGAAUAAUGACUGAUAUAUUUUUAUAUAAGGUUUUGAUAUGGGAAAAUAUGAGAUCAUAUAGAUUGGUAGUGUAACAGAAUUGAAAAGAUGAUUCAUUAUAUGUCUAUAUUAUAAUGUUAUAUAAAAUGUUAAUAUAUAAAAUGUUUUUGUGGACAAUUCUUACUAUAGCCUGCACUCAUCUUUUGUAUAGCUAGUAUUUUCCAAAAAAGUUAAUUAUAUAAUGUACAAAAUACAUUAUGUAAUAUAAAUCUUGUUUAUUGUCUUUACAUAGACAGUUUACCUGUGCACAUGAAUAUCUCUGAUCUUUGUUGUUUGAGACUGUUUAAAAAAAAAAAUCUAUUUUCCAUCUGCUGCGGUCACAGGGGAUUUCCUUUGAAGAUCAAACCAAACACAAUAAACCAACAGCACCGCUUUGUUUUACAA